AUGUACUCCUCCAACAGCUCGCAGGAGCCCCCAGAUAAUGGGACCCCGGGGCCUUUCGAUGGGCCCCAGUGGCCCCACCAGGCUCCACGGGGCAUGUACCUGUCAGUGGCCGUGCUGAUGGGCAUGGUUGUGGUGUCAGCCUCGGUUGUGAACGGCUUGGUCAUUGUGGUUUCCAUCAGGUACAAGAAGCUCCGGUCGCCCCUGAACUACAUCCUGGUGAACCUGGCCGUGGCCAACCUGCUGGUGACGCUCUGCGGCAGCUCCGUCAGCUUCUCCAACAACAUCAAUGGCUUCUUUGUGUUCGGCAAACGGAUGUGCGAGCUGGAGGGCUUCAUGGUCUCCCUGACAGGCAUCGUGGGGCUGUGGUCCCUGGCCAUCCUGGCCUUCGAGCGGUACAUUGUGGUCUGCAGACCCCUGGGAGACUUUCGGUUCCAGCACCGGCACGCCGUCACCGGCUGCGCCUUCACGUGGAGCUGGUCACUGCUCUGGACGACCCCACCGCUCCUGGGCUGGAGCAGCUACGUGCCUGAAGGUCUGAGGACGUCCUGCGGGCCCAACUGGUACACUGGUGGCAGCGACAACAACAGCUACAUCUUGGCCUUGUUCGUCACCUGCUUCAUGAUGCCCCUCAGCCUGAUUCUCUUCUCCUACACCAACCUGCUGGUGACUCUGCGAGCGGCUGCGGCACAGCAGCAGUAAUCGGACACAACGCGGAAGGCGGAGCGGGAGGUGACGCGCAUGGUGAUCGUGAUGGUGAUGGCCUUCCUCAUCUGCUGGUUGCCCUACGCCACGUUUGCCCUGGUGGUGGCCACCACCAAGGACAUCGCCAUCCAGCCAGCUCUCGCGUCCCUGCCCUCCUACUUCUCCAAGACGGCCACAGUUUACAAUCCCAUCAUCUACGUCUUCAUGAACAAACAGUUUCAGAGCUGUCUGCUGAGAACAGUGUGCUGCGGUCACCACUCCUGGGGGACGGGAAAAACUGCUCCGGCUGCACCCGACCCCCGCGCCAGCAUCGCUGCAGACGGGCUGCGGAACCAGGUGACACCGUCUCACCCUGUCUAA